UUACCGCUACGUAGUUGCGACGAAGCGGAGGUUCCGGUUUUUUGAUCGUUUUAUUUUUUCUAGCUCGGAAACCGGAAGCACACUUGGCAUGCAAAUGUUUCAGGUCAAAGGGUGACGAUCGCGGGAUGCGCAUUAUUCUUGUGUCCGUGACUGAGUGCUCAUGCCCCCCUCCCUCCCCGAUCGGAUGUGCUCUGGCGCCAAAAUGUUCAGCACCCCGAAAUUUAUGAAGCUACAUGGGAUACGUUUACACAUAAGACGUCCACUUUGACUUGGCAAAAACAAACAAACAAAAGGUUGUUUUGACAGUCUUGUAGUUGAGCAGCUUGGUGACGCAGCGACUGACAUCGUUUCAAAAGAUAUAAAGGACUGCGCCAGGGGGCCUUGAACUCCAAUUGCUUUUUUUUCAAAAACGGAACUCUAACGAAUCACAAGCAAAGGUGUAUUUGAGCACGUCUUUUUUUUUCUUCUGUGGUUGGCGGAUAAGGAGAAGAAAAAUGGAACUAAAACUGAACAAUGCCUGCGGGUCUUCCGACUUAACGAGCAGUAGUACUGGCUGGAAAACUCAUCGUAACUUUAUCGAUGUCACGGACGCGGUGACGUGCGCGCGCCGUAUGAAAGGGACGAGUGCGACAUCGCACGCCGAACAAACGAUCUUGGAGCGGUCGCUGUCGGCCGGGCGGGAAGAAAGGCCGCGCGUGGCUGUGACGUCACCAUCCUUCUCGAGCUUGGACUGGGAGGAGCGCCUCCGCCGUCCCUACGUGAUGCCGGGCGGCCGCUUUCUGACGCCAUAACGCCGACAUAUCGCCUGUGUUUACUACGACAACCCCCGCACCCCUCCCUCCCCCCAGCCGCCUCCACGUCUUGUUUGUUUUCCAGCGACGUCGUCGCGGCUUCCAGCCGGCCAGUCAGUCAGUCAGUCAGCCAGCUUAUCAUGACAGCGGCCGCCCGGCGCCAAUCGUGCUUCCUUUGCGACCUGCCCCGCAUGCCGUGGGCCGUCAUCUGGGACUUCAGCGAGGCCGUGUGCCGAGGCUGCGUCAACUACGAGGGAGCCGACCGCGUGGAAUCGGUCAUCGACGCCGCCCGUCAGCUCAAGCGGGCCCACGGCCUUCACCAGGGCCGAGCGGGGAAGCCGCCGCCGCUGCCGCUCAUCGCCAAAGAGCCGCAGCAUCCGGCCGGCGGGGGGGCCGCCACCUCCCGCUACCCGCUGACCGACAGGGCGCCCUCUCGCCUGGGCCCCGAGUACCAGACGACGACGACGACGGCGGCGCCGGCUAGGCUCGCCAGCGGUUUCAUCAAAGGCGACGAUCCGCCCGAGCUGAACCGCCAGAAUCCCCCCAACCCGCGGCGGGUCGUAGCGGGCGGGUCUCCGCUGCCGCCGGCCCAAGUCGGCGCCCUGCGCCUCCUGGACAAGGGCAGGAGCGUGCCCGCGCUCGACACCGGCUUGACCAAGGAGCACGUGGCCGCCGCCAAGACAGACAGGGGGAAGCACCCGCGCAGCGUGAAGAGGAAGGCGUCGCCCGAGCCGGACGGCCAAGGCUCGGCCCCCAAGUGCAACGGCCCCGAGGGUCCGCCGCGGUUGCAGUCGGCCAACGAGGCGGUCGGGACGCCCGCUGCGCCUCCCUGCUUCUCGUCGCCUCGGUCCCUCCCCGAGGCCGUCGCGCCGCCGCUCGGUCAGGCUCCCGUCGCCGCGCUCAUCCUGGCCACAGACGACGCGGGCGCGCCCAAAGGCGGCACCCCGGCGGGCGGCGCGCCCGCAUCGACGGGCGGAAGCGGCCGCGGUGCCGGCGGCGGCCCGCUCUGCUGCACGCUGUGCCGCGAGCGUCUGGAGGACACUCACUUUGUCCAGUGCCCGUCGGUGGCGCCGCACAAGUUUUGCUUCCCGUGCUCUCGCGCCAGCAUCAAGACGCAGGGCGCCGGCGGGGAGGUGAACUGCCCCAGCGGCGGGCGCUGCCCCCUGGCCGGCUCCGACCAGCCCUGGGCCUUCAUGCAGGGCGAGAUCGCCACCAUCCUGGCCGGAGACGUCAAGGUGAAGAAGGAGCGAGACUCUUAGGAAGUUACCGUGACGACCAAGGAGCUCGCUUGGACCUGCACUCGUGACGCCGUCUCUGACUUCCUUUUCUUUUUUUCUUUUCAAUUUUGUUUUCGCAUUCUGUUUGUACCUUUUUCUGACUUGACCAGGCACUUGGCCAAUUAAAAACAAUUCUGCCGUUCA